AUGAAAGCUUUGUAUGAACAGAAUCAAUCAGAUGUUAAUGAAGCAAAAACAGAAGGUCGAAGCGAAUUAAUUCCAACCAUUAAGUUCAGACACUGCUGCCUACUACGAAACCGACGCUGCAUUGUUGCUUAUCUCUAUGACCGCCUGCUUCGGAUCCGAGCUCUUCGUUGGGAGUAUGGCAGCGUGCUACCAAAUGCUCUCAGGUUCCAAAUGUCAGCAGAAGAGACUGACUGGUUUAAUCAGUACAAGAAAUCUCUGGCAACCUAUAUGAGGUCUCUGGGAGGUGAAGAAGGUCUGGACAUAACGCAGGAUAUGAAGCCUCCUAAAAGCCUAUACAUAGAGGUGCGCUGCUUAAGAGAUUACGGUGAAUUUGAAAUUGAAGAUGGCACAACAAUUUUGCUGAAGAAAAAUAGCCAGCAUUUUCUACCAAGAUGGAAAUGUGAGCAUCUGAUCCGACAAGGCAUUCUAGAGCAUGUGUUGUCUUAG